CUUUGGCGAAGACUACCAUAGAGAAUCAAGACGUUGAGCUUCUGUGGUAAGGUAGCAAGCAUCGUUCGAGCGUCACGAAGUUCAUCUUUGCCACACAUGUUAGCAACGUCAAAUGUCCAGUCAUCCGGGAUUGAUCUUAUUCCAGGUUGAUUCAAGCCACUUAAAUAAGGUUGAUAGUCCGACAUUAUACGCUUGCUUAACUUCGGUAUGUUUCUAAGCAUACGUUGUCAACUACCCUCAAAAGAAGAUUCGAUCGUUACUUUAAAUGCCAAGGACAAAAUCAAAAUCUUUCCAACGUUCAACAAGACUCAUAAAAAAUUCGGUAUGUUCUUUGGCAUAGCUUGUCGACACUCUGAAAAAAAGGUUCGAUUGUUGCGUUACAUGUCAAAUAGGAGAUUAGUAGAGUCUCUUCAACAUUCAACCGAGCAAGUGAAAACACAAACUAUGCAAGAAAAUCACCCAAUUAAUUCUACAAACUGGUGGCAUAUUUAUGGUGAAGCAAAGACUGCUGUUAAAGAUAUUACUGUCGAUCAAGUUGCAGAUCUAUACAUCAAUGGAAUCUCGGGAGUAGAUUUCGUUGUCGUCGAUGUAAGACGAGCUGAUCUGUCUGAGAUGAUUCCAGGUGCCAUAAACCUUCCGGCCCAGUCAUUGCCAGCAGCAUUACCUAGCCUGGUACACAGUUUGAGUAAUAUAGAGAAGUUCAUCUUCCAUUGCAACUCAUCAAAAGGUCGCGGUCCUCGAGCGGCUGGUUGGUUUGCCAACACGUUGGACAGUCAUUUGAGAAGUAUUGACCCAUCAUUAAGCAUAGAAAAUCGGGUCUUUGUUCUCAAAGGUGGUAUAAAUGCUUGGAAAGACAGGUUUGGAGCUGGUAGUAUUGAAGAUCGUGGUAGACUAUGGGACCGUAAGACGAUGUCCACAUUGCAAUUGUAGGACAUCACUUGUAACCGUAACCUAACCACGCAAACAAACUCAAAUGGAAGGCACUCAAACUGUAGUUCUAAUAGUUCAUUAUUGUAUAUCUAUUAUGGCUUACAAUGCAUUUAUAUCUCAUUUC